CCAGCAGGCCUCGAUGGACCAUUGCAGGGCGGCGACGACGGCAUGUGCGAGGGCCCGUCCCGUAUCUCGGGGCCCAUCCCCCCAGACCCUACGAUCUGCCCGGACUACUACCGGCGGCCGGCCUCGGCCCAGGGGCGCCUUGAGGGAAACGCGCUGAGGCUGGACCUGCUGACCUCGGACCGAGAACUGGACGCCACCCCUCCCCGUGGUCCCCGCAUCGGUCCCGGAGCUCGAGAGAUCCUGGAGCGCGGCCGGCACGGCGUGGGGGGCGUGCUGCUGCAACUCGAGGGCAUCUCCCUAGGUCCAGGGGCCUCUUUCAAGAGGAAGGACCCUAAAGACCAUGAGAAGGAGAACCUGAGGAGGAUCAGGGAGAUUCAGAGACGCUUCAGAGAGCAAGAACGAAGCCGGGAGCAGGGCCAGCCUAGGCCCCUGAAGGCUCUGUGGCGCUCACCCAAGUAUGACAAGGUGGAGUCCCGGGUCAAGGCCCAUCUGCAGGAGCCUGGCUCUGUCUCUGGGACAGAGUCUACCCACUUCCUGCGGGCGCACUCCCGCUGUGGCCCUGGGCUCCCACCACCCCGUGUCCCCAGCCCCGUGUCACCAGGUCCCAAAGUUAAGGGGCCAGGCCUGGGUGUGGACUUCAUUAGUUACAAUGCUCAAGCUGCCAAGAGGGCCCCCCGGCGGCAUUCCCGCUCGCUGCAGGUCCUCACACAGGUGCUGGAGCAGCAACGGCAAGCCCAGGAACAUUACAACGCCACACAGAAGGGUCAUGUGCCCCAUUACUUGUUGGAGCGGAGGGAUCUGUGGCAGCGGGAGGCUGAGGCCCGCCAGCGCAGCCAGCCGGACCCUGCCAUGCCCCCUGGCCACACUUGCAUGCCUGAGAACCAGCGGCUGGAGACACUGAGCAAUCUGCUCCAGACCCAGAGCCAGCUGUUGCGUGAGCUGGUACUGCUGCCUGCGGGGGCAGACUCUCUGAGAGCCCGGGACCACCGUGCUGAGCUGGACCGGAAGCUGGUGCAGGUAGAGGAGGCCAUCAGGAUCUUUUCCAGGCCCAAAGUCUUUGUGAAGAUGGAUACCUGAGCCCCUCUGUGGGGGUAGUGGCAAGGAGAGCCACGCUGAGGAUCACCACUUGACUGCAAAGUGUAGGAUCAGGCGGUAUCAUAGAGUGGAGGUCUGAAGACAGGAGCACUUUCCCCAGCCACCAGUGGCUGUGAAAGGGCCAUUCCAGUCUUUUAAUCCCUUUGUCAAAAUUAAAUCUUUUGUACACAGUGGG